CCGGCGAGCAUUAAUUAUUUGAUCGGGCCUCGUCCGGCAGCGACUCGUCGGAGUUACAAAACUGGCAAACUCAGAUCAGUCGGAGGAGGAGAUCGGCGUGGUGAGGGCCCUGUACGAAGCAUUGGCCUCCAAAGAAGUGGACACCGUGCACCGCCUUGUGGCGCCGGACCUCGAGUGGUGGUUCCAUGGUCCGCCGUCGCACCAGUACUUGAUGCGCCUCCUCACCGGCUCCUCCUCCUCCUCCUCCUUCGUCUUCUCCCCUGUCUCCGUCGUCGCGUUCGGGCCCACCGUCGUCCUCGCCGAAGGCUACGACGCGAAACGCGCCGUUUCGUGGGUCCACGCGUGGACCAUAACUGAUGGCGUAAUCACUCACGUCAAGGAGUAUUUCAACACUUCCGUUACGGUCAAGCGAUUCGCCACCGUCACCGACGACUCGCCGGCAGCUAACUGCCAAAGUGUGUGGCAGAGCAAGGUGUGCGGCGGCGAUGACUCCGUGCCUGGUCUUGUUUUGGCACUCUAAUUAAAUAUCACAUCCUGCUGGGUUAUUUAUGUUCUGUAUUAAUUUGAAAACUAAACCUAAAAUCAUGGAUUUGAAUCCAACAUCCACUGCUACUCAUCGUUGUGAUGUGAAAAAAACUAGUUAGUACCAUGUUUGGUUUGUAAAAUAAAAUAAUUUCAUGAGUCA